AUGAAGAUCUCCUACUUUCUGCUGCUGAUCCUCUCUCUAGGCAGCUCCCAGAUCAACCCAGUUUCUGGUGAUGAUUCAAUAAAAUGUUUUCAAAAGAAUAACACCUGUCACACCAACCAAUGCCCAUAUUUUCAAGAUGAGAUCGGCACAUGUUAUGACAGAAGAGGCAAGUGUUGCCAAAAACGCCUUUUGCAUAUGAGAGUUCCAAGGAAGAAGAAGGUAUAACCAGUUAUAAUAAAGGAAAACAUCCUG